UUCAAUAAACAAACUCGUUCAAUCGAAUAUAGCGUGUUCAGUGAAAUCGAUAUAGUGAAUAAUAAUAAAUCUCAAUAAAAGUAGUUAUAAUCGCAUAUUGGUGACAUCGUGGAUAAAGAAGCAUCAUAGAAUGUGGUUCUUCAAUAAAAUGUGUACGAGCAAAACGCGUCUUGACGGUAAAACUGUUGUGAUAACGGGAGCAAGUAGUGGUAUCGGCAAGGAGACUGCCAGAGACUUAUACGCGAGAGGCGCUAGAGUAAUUCUGGCUUGUAGAAAUAUGGAAAAGACAAAUGAAGCAGUUGAAGAUAUAAAGAACAAUCCACCUUCAUGGGUCACAAAGGUUGAAUAUAAAAAUAAUGUAGGUGAGCUUGCGAUUUAUUUAUUGGAUCUACGUAGUUUUAAGAGCGUGGGCGACUGUGCUAAAAACUUGCUGACAAACGAAGUAGCUAUUCACAUACUCAUAAAUAAUGCCGGUAUGGCUGCUGCGUCUUCGUACGAGAAGACGGAAGAUGGAAAUGAGACGACACUACAAGUCAACCAUCUUAGCCACUUUCUUUUGACACUUCUGUUACUACCAAAAAUGCAAUCGUCUUCUCCCAACUGCAGAAUAAUCAAUGUCUCAUCAUUAACAUAUAUUUGUGCUGACAUAGAUUUUGAUGAUAUUAAUCUAGAGAGAUCCUAUGCACUAUUUAAAAGUUAUGCACGAAGCAAACUAGCAAACAUUCUGUUCACUAAGGAGCUCGCUGAUCGAUUGAGAAAGGCAAACAUUCACGGAAUAAAUGUGUACUGUAUACAUCCUGGUAUUAUACCGACUGAAGUAUUAUGGCGUAUGUCCAAUAAUGCAGUAUGUCCAAAUUUUUGUUUUACUACUAUAGUACGAUUGAUUUUUAAAAAUGCUGAACAAGGAGCGCAAACUACUAUAUAUUGUUCUGUAGAUGAAAAGACAGCAAAUGAGACCGGUCUUUAUUAUUCAAACUGUGGCGUUUCCACUACAUAUCGGAAGGCAAACAAUCGUCAUUACGCCGAAAAAUUGUGGAAUGUAUCCUGUCGUCUUUUACAUCUGGAACCAGAAGAAGAUUUCGCCACAUUUUUAGAAACCGUUUCACGUCAAAUGCUUUAAAAAAAUUUCUUUAUUUUUAAGAAAAUAUC